CAAGCUUUAAAUUCCGCCAACCAAUCAGCAUCCACUACUUAACCUCAACUAUCUAAACCCUCCAUCAUCAACUUCAACAAGCAUCGCAAAAAUGUCGUAUUAUUUCGCGAUAGUUGGAACGCAAGAUAAUCCUCUCUUCGAAUAUGAAUUUGGUACUGCGAAACAGGGUGGUGAUGGAAUUGCGAGGUUCCCGGAACAGGCAAGACAUAUGAAUCAAUUUAUUGUUCAUAGUAGUUUGGAUAUUGUCGAGGAGGUUCAAUGGGGUGGUGGACAAAUGUAUGGAAAUAUUUCUCAUGAUUUGGGACGGGAAACUGAUGCAGUAUAGGUAUUUGAAAUGCAUUGAUCGUUUUUACAAUAAUUAUGUUUCUUGCUUCAUGACGGGCGGAAGUAAGUUUCUCUAUUCAAUUAUCGCGAUUAUUCUAAUGUAUGCGCAGAUGUUAAAUUUAUGCUUCUACAUUCUCCUUCUCAGCCUGCCAAUCCAACGACUUCGAGAACGAGUACGUCGAUAGGUGCAAAUCCUACUUCACCGCAGACAGAAGAGGCGAUCAAACAAUUCUUUACCGAAGUUUAUGAGAAUUGGGUAAAGACGAUUAUGAGCCCCUUUUAUCAAGUCAAUCAACCAGUUACGAGUCCAGUGUUUAAGGGACGUGUUGCGGCUGCCGGGAAGAAAUAUUUGUGAGGGUUCCUUUAUGUGUAGGAAUUAUCAUAAUUUAUCGAAUCAUGAGGAUGACUGCUAGUUAUGCGGAUACACGAAGGUUAUGCAAGAGCAUAAGCAGGAAGGAUUUGGCUGAGAUUGUUGGUAGGAAGGAGGGUUGAAGCGUCGAGACUUUCCUCUUUCAAAAUGGAUGAUGGGAUAGCGGAUAACAGUUUGUGGUAUAUCAUUGGAGAUGUCCGCGCUGUGUUUCGUCUAUGGACAUUCUUCAGGGAGCUCAUCCAUCGAGACUCACAAGUAGAGAUUUAUGGGAUGUUUCUCUGCAUGGUUGGAUCUGAAAAGAUAUGGCUGGGAGGUAUCUUUUGGCACACUGGGAUUCAUUUCCUUUUCCAGCUAUCCUUCACACAAUCUGGAGUCUAACAAUGGAUUCCAUUCCAAUGUUCCUGGUCGGAAAUGUCCUCGGGAUCAUAUUUGGCGUGAAACUGGGUUAGUCAUCCCCAUCAAGUCUAUACAUACAGAGCCCGAGGCUGCUGAAGGUGUAGGAGGCAAGACAUGGAAGAUGACGUCAAUGACACGAUGUUCAGGGAACAUCGGAAAUAUUACGGAGGAAAGAUACAGAAAUAAUGUAAUUUGCUAAACCAAAAUACUAUCCUAAAAGAUUGACGUG